GUGAGGUAAGUUUCUUCUUUCUCUACAACAUCCUUUCAUCUAUUGUUUUCUCUUCACCAUCAUCAACAAUCCUUGACACAAUCCCAUCCAUGCAAAGCCACAAGGAGUACUGUGGCCUCGAAGACUAUGGCCUGGUGGGCGACAUGCACACCUGUGCCCUGGUCAGCAAGAAUGGCAGUAUUGACUCCAUGUGCUGGCCGGUCUUCGACUCGCCCUCCAUCUUCUGUCGCAUCCUGGACAAGAGCAAGGGGGGUCAUUUCUCCAUCACUCCCAGUCGUGGUCUGCAUAAUCCUUUGAGUAAACAACGCUAUCGCCCCUACACCAACAUGCUGGAAACCCGCUGGAUCCACGAUGAGGGAGUCAUCAACAUUCUCGACUAUUUCCCCAUCACCAAACCCAAGCCUCCAGUGCUGGGAGUCCAAGACUUGCCUGAGUGGUGUCGUUGCGCUCAAUCCCGAAUCGCUGAUCAGCCCCAUAACUGUCGCUCCGGUCUGAUCCGCAAAGCCGAAUGCGUUCGGGGCCAGAUGGAGAUCGAUAUUGAGAUUUUCCCCGCGUUCAAUUACGCCCGCGACCCCCAUACUGCCCACUUGUCACAAGGUGAUGGAGUGCACCGGGUACACUUUCAGACCGCGGGACAGCGACUUCAAGUUAGUCUCCUCGUGGAUAAUGGGGAAUCGGCUGCAGACACGCAUCUGAAACCCGAACUGCAACUAUCGGAGAGACCCGGUCAUCUGGGCACUGGUUUAGUCGGCAAGGUCACUUUGAGGGAGGGUCAGUCGAUCACUUUACUUCUGCACGAUCAGGAAUCCAUCACCACCAGUGCCUCAUUGUUGGCUCCUGAGCUGAAACGCCUGGAGCGAACGACAGGAGACUUUUGGUCUGACUGGACAAGCAAGUGCACCUUCCGCGGACAUUAUCGCGAGCAGGUGGAACGAAGUCUGCUGGUGCUCAAGCUGCUCACCUACAAACCCACAGGCGCUAUCGUGGCCGCACCGACUUUUUCUCUCCCCGAGCACAUUGGUGGCAGCCGCAACUGGGACUAUCGCUACUCCUGGGUGCGCGACGCAGCAUUCACCGUCUAUGUCUUUCUAAAGAACGGCUACCCCGAGGAGGCGGAGUCGUACAUCAACUUCAUUUUCGAUCGCAUCUUCCCACCCUUAUCCCAUCCCGCCAAGCCGGGAGAUCCCUUCUUGCCCAUCAUGGUGACCAUUCACGGCGAACGCGAGAUUCCGGAGAUGGAACUCGAUCAUCUCGAGGGUUACCGCGGCAGCCGACCGGUCCGGAUUGGCAACGGGGCUGCGACUCAUGUCCAGCUCGACAUCUACGGGGAACUCAUGGACAGCAUCUAUCUCUACAACAAGCAUGCGGCAGAUAUCUCCUACGACCACUGGCUCGCCAUUCGUCGCAUGGUGGAUUUUGUGAUUGAGGUUCGCCACCAGCCAGACCAAUCCAUCUGGGAAGUCCGCGGACCUCCGCAAAACUUUGUUUACUCCAAGAUCAUGCUGUGGGUGGCGUUGGAUCGCGGCAUCAGACUGGCAGAGAAGCGCUCCAAUCUGCCCUGUCCCGGGCGAGCACGAUGGAUGCAGGAACGAGAUGAAUUGUAUGAUGAAAUCAUGACCAAGGGUUAUAACGCGGAAAAAGGCUUCUUUUGCAUGAGCUACGAGAAUCGCGAUGCCCUGGACGCAGCAGUGCUCAUUGCCCCGCUCGUCUUUUUCAUUGCGCCCAAUGACCCGCGCCUCUUGAGCACCAUCCAGAAGAUCAUGGAACCCCCGGCGCGUGGAGGGCUGAGUGUCGCGAAUAUGGUAUCACGAUAUGAUACAGGAAAGAUUGAUGACGGAGUUGGAGGAAAUGAAGGGGCAUUCCUAAUGGUUACCUUCUGGCUGGUCGAGGCUAUGAUGCGUGCUGCUCGAUCCAAGGAAUAUCUCCCGCAUAACCAGUUCUUUAAACAGCUGCGGAGAACAGCCACCUCACAAUUUGACAGCAUUUUGUCGUUCGCGAACCACCUGGGCAUGUUCUCGGAAGAGGUUGCUUCCUCCGGGGAGCAGAUCGGAAACAUGCCUCAAGCGUUCAGUCAUCUCGCCUGUGUCAGUGCAGCGAUGAAUCUCGGCGGUGGAGAGAAGUAAGCAGUUCAUAAUCGCAGAUACUGUAGAUGAGAGGAGGUUUUGAUCUGCGCCAGUACGUUAGUCGGUAUAGAAUAGAGAAUUUAGAUCGAUAAAAA